AAAAAAAACCCAAAAAGUGUAGUGCUCUUGGAACAGAUUCAAGUACUGUAUGUGGAGAACUGCAGGAAAAAAGGAGUAUAGCCUCUGGAAUCUGAUUUCUGAGUCUUUGAAAAUAAGGAUGAUACUGAGAUGACCUUGUGUUCCCAGAGUUUGUGUUUAGGGGUGAUUCAAGGCCCUGAAGGACUGACAUUGUGCCUACUGGUUUGGAAAGCCCUGAGCCUCAGUAGGUCCAGCACUAAUAAGUUGUGAAGUGAAGUAGUACAGGAAGGCAGGCAGCAGUGGAAAGCCUUCAGGAACGGGAGGUCCUUCUUCUACAGCCUCAAGUCAGAGGGCUAGACCUACAAAAACGUCUGGGGCUAGUUCCCUUUCUUGGUUAAAAGAAACCAGGCAAGCGUGGAAGAACUGCUAGAAUUGGCCCUCUGCAGCCACCAUCCGGGAGCUGGGGCUUCUGGUCUCCUAGCAACAACUUGUGGUCACUGAGUUGGGUGCGGUGCUGUGGUGAGUGCCUCCGGUGGGUGCAGCCCAGAGGGGUCCUGAGGACCCUGCUUUUCAGUCAGUCCUGGCUCUAAAUAAGCAGUCCUCCCUGUGGGGAGGAAUUGCUUCUUUCAGGCAGCCAGCCAGUAGAGGCUGCCCACCCUUCCAUGCCCCUGCUCCCGCUCCCGCCCCUGGCCUCCGCCCCGCGCGUCUGCCACAGUCCCAGGCCUUCGGGCAGCCCCUCGGUCCUUCUCUCGGUGAAUGCCUUACAAAAACCCAAGGCAUGACCUGGACGCAGAAUAGAAAUAUCACUGGAACAAUGCUUAUAGAAAAAUAUAUGGCCGUUUCGGACUUUAUAAACGAAAAUCAAGCACCUGAUAUUGCUAUUCUUAAUCACAAUUACAUUAAUUUUGGGGUGGGUGGGGUACUGUCAUUGCAGUUGAUACCUGUCAAGAAACUAUUAAAUUACUCUGAAAAGCCAAGAUGGAGAUAUCAAUGCCCCCACCUCAGAUAUAUGUAGAAAAAACUCUGGCCAUUAUCAAACCAGAUAUUGUUGACAAAGAGGAGGAGAUACAAGACAUUAUUCUUAGAUCUGGAUUCACCAUUGUUCAGAGAAGAAAACUACAUCUCAGCCCCGAACACUGUAGUAACUUUUAUGUGGAACAGUAUGGGAAAAUGUUUUUCCCCAAUUUAACAGCUUACAUGAGUUCUGGACCACUUGUUGCUAUGAUAUUAGCUAGACAUAAAGCCAUCUCUUACUGGAAAGAACUUUUGGGACCAAGUAAUAGCUUAGUAGCUAAGGAAACACAUCCAGACAGUCUGAGAGCAAUUUAUGGCACAGAUGAUCUAAGGAAUGCACUUCAUGGGAGUAAUGACUUUGCUGCAGCAGAAAGAGAAAUUCGAUUCAUGUUUCCUGAAGUGAUAGCUGAGCCAAUUCCAGUUGGACAAGCUGCUAAGGAUUAUCUGAAUUUAUAUGUAACACCAACUCUGCUUGAAGGACUCACAGAGCUUUGUAAGCAAAAACCAGAAGAUCCUUAUAUUUGGCUAGCUGAUUGGCUGCUGGAAAAUAAUCCCAACAAACCUAAACUUUCUCACCGUCCAGUUACAGAAGAACCUUAUUAAAAUGAAGUCCUCUGAAGAACAAAUUAUAAACUAUCUUAUCACAAAAGGAUGUGCUUCUACUUUAAAUUAAAAAAAAACUUAAUUCUUAAGAUUUAAGUGACUAUGUGUGAAAUAAAUUACUUUUUGAAAAUUAAAGUUUUUAAAGAAUCAC